AUGGGCGACGCCGCUGCGGAACAAUUCUCCUUCUCCGAUUGGAUCUUGGUGGAUCCAUCGAACGCCAUGGCCGCCGCCGACGACGACGACGCGGCUAGCCCCGCAGGCUGCGGCGACGAGAACGCCCGCAGCGUCCUUCUCGACGUCAAAGCCUACAGCGGCGCCAGCAAGAACGCCUCCACCGCCAGAUCAAAGACGAGCUCCGGCCAUACCAUCGAGGUGACUUUCUGCACCGUGCCCCCGCCUGCCCUCUCCCACAUCUCCGUGCACUGCCCCGGUCUGCAGCUACCACCAGACGAUCUGAGCCUGUCGCCCUGCGCUGUCGCUGUCGCCGCCGCCGCCGACCUCGUCGUCCUCCGGGUCCCCGUUAACACUCUGGGCAAGGAUUACUUCCAGUACAACGACUACUUCGUCUACAGGGCGCACCGUCAGGACCCGAAACUGGAUCUGCUCCCGAACCCGUGGCCCUAUUGCUUCGGAGACCAAGAGAUCGCCAUACUUAGCCGCGGCGCGGUAACCGCCGACGGCGACGACAAUCAGUACGUCGUUGCCGCCCUCAAGAUCAUCCCUUCUUUCACGCUGCACCUGUACCGCUCCAAACCUUGCGGCGAGACGGGGAGCUGGACGGUCCAGCCGGUUUCCGUGGAGACGCCGCUGCGUGACAGCGUGUGCCCGAUCCCAGACACGGCGAAGAGGCACUUCUACCACGCGACGAGCAACGUGAUCACGCUUGGAGGCGCGAACGGCACGGUGGGCUGGGUCGAUCUCUGGCGCGGCAUCCUCCUCUGCGACGUCCUCGAGGAGCGUCCCAAGCUGCGUGACGUGCCGCUGCCGCUGCCGGCCAAGGGCAACUGGGAAGGUUCCUCAAUGACGGCGAGCGCUUUGUCCGGGACAUCACCGUCAGCCAGCACAAGGAGUGCAUCAAUGGUGAAGAACACCGUGUCCUCCCCUGAACCUGCCACGUAUCUUGAAUGGGUGCGCCGCAAGGACUGCCUGCCUCCGCCGACGCGCUCCGUGGUCCCUGGUUGGUGGAAGGCCAUGCCUAUCCCGGUCACUUCAUGGGAGGACUGGCACACUGAAUGCACCGCCGAAUCGCAUGAAUUCGACGUCGGUGACGGUGACCCAAGGAACUGUGAGCUGCUGCAAGAGCUUAUGAGCAGCAGCGGUGGUGACUGUGAUGAGGAGGAGGCCAAAGAAGCAGCUUUGUCCCCGAGUCCUGCAUAUGGGUUACCCCGCCUUGAGCAUCGACGACGAUGCUGUAUAAAUCAGCAUAAGCGGCUUAACAAGACGGAUGUUGUUUACCUGUCGUGCAAGGCUGCCAGCAGGGGUCUGAUGGGGUUAGUGGCUGCUGUUGACGUGAGGAAGAAGGAGCUGCGAGUGGCCAAGCUUGACAUCGAAAGGAACACCUGCUUCAUGCGUACCUACAUUGCCACUGAGAUCUCCAAGUAUCUCUGA